UCACUGUAAGUUUUCUCUUAAGCGACUGACAGUAUCUUUUUGAAAAAAUAAUAAGCUCUGACGCGGCUUAUUUAUAUUUCACAGCGAGAAUCUCAGAUAUCCAAGAAGUAUAAGUAAUGGAUCAAAAAACGGCUCAUCUGGGCUGGAUCGACUAUGCAGUUAUCACAGGGGCAAUGUGCGUGAGUGUUGGCAUAGGUUUGUUCUACCGAUUUUCCGGAGGUAGACAAAAAACCACACAGGAGUACUUUUCAGCAGACAAAUCAAUGAGCAUCAUACCUGUUGGUAUUGCUCUGAUGGUUUCAUUUAUGUCAGCAAUUACAUUACUUGGUCUUUCUGCAGAAAAUUAUAGCUAUGGUACACAGUUCGUCGGGAUAAACGUUGCAUACUGGAUUGCUACUCCUAUCAUAUGCUACGGUUACGUGCCGGUAUUUUUUAAUCUUGGAGCCAUAAGCGCUUACGAGUAUUUAGAUAAACGUUUUGGUUACGGAGCUCGUAUAACUGCUAGUUUUGCUUAUUGGGUGCAAUUACUUUUGUACUCUGGAGUAGUUUUAUAUGCACCGGCAUUGGCACUUGAAGCCACUACAGGAAUGAAUAUAGUUACGAGUAUAGUUGCUAUUGGUUUAGUAUGUGCUUUUUAUUCCACCAUAGGAGGAAUCAAGGCUGUGCUGAUAACCGAUGUCUUUCAAGGAGGCUUAAUGUUCAUCUCACUUUUUAUUGUUAUAUUUACGGCGGCCCACAGAGUAGGUGGAGUGGGUGAAAUCUGGCGAAUAGCAUCAGAAGGCAAGAGGAUUCAAUUUGAUAAUACAUCAUCCGAUCCAACCGUUCGUCAUACGUGGUGGGGCCUUAUUAUCGGCGGAAUGUGUACUUACUUAUCCUUGUUUGGUGUUAAUCAAGUUCAAGUUCAACGAAUGAUGACUCUAAAAAAUAUAAAAUCAGCCAGAGUUGCCUAUUGGGUUAAUGUGUUCAUGUUAUCUUGUCUAUCUAUCCUGACAUGUUUUUCUGGUCUUGCUUUAUACAGCCAUUAUUAUGAGUGUGAUCCAAAAGUUACAAAAAGAAUUGGAUCGAUGGAUAUGUUAAUGCCAUUAUAUGUUAUGGAUACGUUGUCAAGUAUACCAGGGGUACCAGGUUUAUUUGUGGCUGGAAUUUUCAGUGCUGGUUUAAGCACAAUUUCCGCUGGAUUGAAUUCUUUGGCAGCUGUCACUUUAGAAGAUUACAUUAAACCAAUCUAUACUUGGAGCUCUGGUCAUGAAUUUUCCGAAAAACAAUCAAUUAUUUGUAGUAAAAUACUGGUGCUGGUAUUUGGAAUUUUGUGCAUUGCCCUUGCUUUUGCUGCCCAACUGCUCGGGGGUGUUCUGCAGGCUAGCUUAACUAUUUUUGGAGUGGUUGGAGGUCCUUUGCUUGGUAUCUUUACUUUAGGGAUGCUCACUGAAUCUACGAAUCAAAUUGGUGCUGUAAUGGGAACUUUGACCUCAUUUGCAUUUUGCAUGUGGAUAGCUUUUGGUCAACCAAGGCCGGUACCACCUGCCCUAUCUAUAAGUGCAGAUGGCUGUAGCAAUAAGACAUCAGAUUUUGUCGGAAAAAUACUUCAAAGUGAAAAGGCGGAUUCUUAUUUUUAUCUGUUUAAAAUAUCUUACAUGUGGUACAGUGCAAUUGGAUUUAUUAUUACUAUGGUGAUAGGAUACGCAGUGAGUCAUCUAAGUCGUAUUUUCAAUAAAAAAGAUGCGGAUGAACUGGAUCCAGAUUUAUUUUUUCCGUUCGUUAGUAGGCGUAUUAAAAGACGUCGACAACAUCUUACUGAAAUUGAUGUAAACUUAAGUUUACAGAAAUCCUGCUUACCAGAUAGUAAAUAUAAUAAUAUUUCAAAAGAUAGAGAAUAAAAUAGUAGUAUAGAAAAAGGUUUUAUACAUGCAUAAAAUCUGUACCAAAUGUUUAUCACACUACCGGGUAGUAGCUCUGUUGUUACAUCUGACAAAAUAUUGAACACAUUGUGUAUAUAUUAUUUUAUAUUCUGAGCAUGUUACAAGUUGUAAUUCCAGAAUAUUGUUAAGAAAAAUAAGCGAAGUAUAUUUAAAAAAAAAACAGAGAUAGAGAUAGAUAGAGAGAGAGAGAGA